AUGAAGUUGACAGAGAAUAUAUUACCAAAGAACUUGAAUUUGACAUAUGUGAUAAUAGGUAUUUCUUCUUCCGUUACUCAAUUUCCAGAUGCAGUUUAUGAUGGACUAUUAAGUGCAGAUAACAAGCAUAUUAAAAUUGCUGAUAAAGUUUGUGAAUUUGCAACGUCUGAAGAGAUUAAAUAUAAAGUUGCUGAAUUAACGAUAUGCAAACAUUCUUUAGAUUUUAUUUUAAAUAAGAAUGACAAUUAG